AUGGCUGGAAAAAAUUUUGGUUCAAUAGCAUUUUUAAUACUUUUUUAUAUGGUUUUUCUAAAUUAUCAACCUGCAAAUUCUUAUAAUAUUACCACAUACAAUGAUAAUGAAACUGGUCUUCAUGUAUUUAAUCCAUUGUUUUAUAGAGAUGGAACCCUAGUCAUUUAUAUGGUUAAACCCAUUAAUGAAACAUGUGUUGAACCAAAAUUCUACAUUAGAGUUAUUUAUGCCAAUGGAACUAUUGAAACUUCCAUCCAGACAUACCCAAUACCUGAAUUUAAUUUUUGUCAGAACAAUACAUUUAUUGCAAUUAUGCAUAAUGAAAAUGAAAAUGAUAAUAAAAGUUGGCAAUUAAUUUCGACUGAAGUUCCUAAAUUUCUACCAGAUGACAAAGGAUAUAGUAAUCCAAAUAUUGAAACAACUUAUCCAUCAAUAAAUGGAGUGAUAGAAAUAGCAAGUCAAGAAAUCAAUAUAACAUACAAUACACCAAUAGUUCCAUCUAUUAACAAUAUUUCAAUAUAUCAAAUAAAUGAUAAUGAUCAGGAUAUUUUGAGGCAAUCAUUCCCAGCUGAUUCCUCAUAUUGUAAAAUAAGUGAUGAUAAAAAAAGCUUGAUUAUUCAAAUAUUAUCAAGUACAUUUAAUCUUCCUAAUACUAGCUAUUAUGUAAUAGUUGAGGAUGGUGCAUUAAUACAAUUUUCUACUGACCAACCAUUGAUGGGAAUUCAUAAAGAUAUAUGGAAAUUUACUACAGAUUCAGCAGAUGGUAUCUUGAGACUCAAUGUAGAGGGGACAAAUUUAUUUAAUAAUCUAAAUUCAACAAAUAAAUCUGAAUAUAUUAAAAAUUUAAAAAAUGAAUUAGCCAAUUUAACACCAAUCAACCCAACUCGUUUGAAUUUUAUUAAAGAUCAGACAGAUUAUUCAACAUCACCACCAACUUUAUUGUUAUCAUUUGAAAUUUUAAAACCUAAUGAUAAUGAAGAUCCACAGGAAAUAAAUGUUUCCCAAGUCAUGGAUACUUUAAAUACAUUAAUUAAAAAUAAAUUUAUUACUGGGAUAUCAAGAAAUAACUAUACAA